AUGCCGGAAGAAAACGUGGCAAGCAUUCUUGUGGCAACAGGGAUUUUUCUGUACCUAUCAAUGGUUACUUAUAAUCUGUUCAUUCAUCCACUGAAAGAGGUCCCCGGCCCGCGAAUGCUGGCCGCCAGCAGGAUUCCCGUGACUUAUGCCUCACUCAAGGGGAUUCAAACACAGUGGCUCCAUAACCUUCAUCUCAAAUAUGGACCAGUCCUACGUGUUGCUCCGAAUGAGCUGAGCUUUAUCGACCCACAAGCCUGGAAAGACAUAUAUAGCAGUUCUCCCACUGAGCCACAGAGUAUGCGGAGAGGGUCGGACUUUUUCAGAUAUCUUGAGGAUGAUGACAAUCGGCCCUCUAUUCUUGCGGCCAAUGAAAUAGACCACCCAAGAAUCCGUCGAGCAUACGUACCGGCAUUUUCACGGCGAGCCUUAGCCCGCCAGGAAUCAAUCCUUGCCAAGUAUGGCGACGCUCUCGUUGAAAGGCUUUCUGGAAUAGAAGGGCAAAUCACAAAUAUACGCAACAUGUUCCAUUACACGCUUUUUGACAUCGUUGGGCAUUUGCAGUUUGGCGAGGAAUUGGGCGUCUUGCGAACAGGAGCACAUAAAUCGUGGGUACACAGCCAGCACAGGCUGGUACGUGCCGCGACUUUAUUAUCAGCUCUCGCUGAAUUCUCCUGGAUUAACCUUUUAUUCCGGUCGACCAUACCCUGGAUGUCGAAAUGGCUCCGCAAGGCUUACUUCAAGCCUUCGAAUGACCUCAUAGACCGUCGGCUUCAAUUGCAAAGCGACGAACCAGACCUUAUCGGCCUUGCAUUUCGCAACAGUCGCAGCUUGUCGUUGACUGAAAAAGACAUCCGUGCCAACGCCCACAUUAUGAUGACUGGAGGAGCAGAAACGACCACAGCGCUCAUGACAGCCUUAACUGCAUAUCUCCUUCAGCACCCUGAGUGUCUUGCGCGUCUCAAAAAUGACAUUCGCACAGCAUUUCACGAUAAGAGCCAGGUAUCUCUGGAAUCUGUGUCGAAUCUCGCGUACUUGGAUGCCUGUAUCAAGGAGGCUUUAAGGCUGUAUCCCUCGGUCCCUGGAGCUUUACACCGUGCUACCCCUGCAGGCGGGGCGCGCAUAGCCGGUCGAUGGGUCUCAGGAAACACGCGGGUCUAUAUUCCAAUUUUUGCAGCCACACAUUCCCCCACCCACUUCUGGAGCCCUGACAAAUUUAUUCCUGAUCGCUGGCUAGAUGGUGCAGAUGGCCCGUACCAGAAAGAUAAUAAAACGGCAUUUCAUCCAUUUUCCACAGGUCCGCGGGGUUGUAUUGGUCAAGACAUGGCAUAUGCCAUGACAAAAAUAGUAUUCUGCAAAUUUGUAACGGAGUUUGACUGUGAACUUGCAGUUAAUGAAUCUAGCCCCUGGCUCGCAGGUCAUCGUUCAUGGACAACAUGGGAAGUGCCACCACUCAUGGUGCGUGUAUCCAGGUGCAAGCCAGCAGAAAAGGUUAGCAGCUGA